GCUCCAAGGGCAACCUGUGCCAGCGGAAGGUGCCUCUCUCCAUCAGCCUGGCCCUGACCAUCCCAGCAGCCGUGCUGGCAGCCUAUUACCUGCUGCUGCAGACCUAUGCCCUGCGCCUGGAAGCCAUCCUCAGCUCCAUCCUCCUCCUCUUCUACGCCGUGGAGCUGCUGCUGGGCCUCCUGGCACUGCUCUCCUUCUCCAG